UACCGGAAUAACACUAACCAUCGAUCACGUCACACCGAAUGUUUUGGUUUUGUCAUCCUACCAUGCAAUGCGAGGCGCGAAUACUGAAAUAUGUGAAUUUGAGCUAGCUAACGUCACCGUUAGAUUUUCAGGUUUGGUGCUGAAUGGAGUUGUAUUGGCUGAGUGAAGCUACCAACCAGUAAGUGAGUGGAUGAUGAGCAGUCCUGUGUUAAGCGGGAGCAGCCCGGGCUCCAGCGGGGCUUCGGAAUCCACUGACCUCUUCAGGGACCUCUGGGGUCGACUCAAAGACUGUCACGAUAGUGCACUGCAAGGUUUGCAAACCAAAGUGAACAAGCUGAAGAAGGAGCGAUAUUUAGAUGCCCAGAGACUGGAGGAGUUCUACAGCAGACACCAGCAGCUGAGGGAGCAGCACAAAACCCUUCAGGACACCGUCACAAUUCUGGAGGACAGGCUGCGGGCAGGCCUGUGUGAUCGCUGUUCCGUCACAGAGGAGCACAUGAGGAAGAAGCAGGUGGAGUUUGAGAAAGGCCGUCAGCAGAACAUGCGCCUCAUCGCAGAGCUUAUGACUGAAAGGAACACCCUGCAGGAUAAGAACAGAAAGCUGAGUCUAGAGCUGGACAGGCUGAAGGGAUCUCUCUCAGCGUCUCCGGAGCCAGAGGAGGGGGUGAUCCCAGACUCUCCGCUGCAGCAUAUCUCCCUGCCUGUUGUGAGCAAGAUGAGGAGGAGGAAGGAGACCAACCAUGUCCGCUACGCCGAGAAGCCCCUAUCCCAAUCCCAGAGCUCAGCACUCAACGAACCAAGGAAAGGAUUGCCCUCCCAAACCUCGGAGAGCCAAGGAAGAGGCAUACUGGUGCCUGAAACGUGUUACAUGGACGCCACCCAGACCCAACAGGACAACAGCCAGGGUCAUGAAGGUGCUGUGGUAGCAGAGACUUGUUGCCUGGAUCUCCCUGAUGAUCCAGUGCCUAACCCCCAGAGACAGGGCCGCUUCGGCACCACCACCACAGAAAACGUCUCCCCAUCCCACCUCCCUGGCCUGAAGCUCAGCCCUGCUGACGGCCUGCAGCGCCACCUGGAGGGGAUAGCCCACAUCACACCUCUUAGAGCCACCUCCACCCCAUGUGGCCUCUCUCACCUGGUCAUGAGAGGAGAGCUGGAAAGAGGGAAGAGGAGGAGGAAAAACAGCGAGGAGGAAGAUGAGGUGAUUGACAAGCCUCUGGACCUGUCCGACUCCCCACAGAAGGCUCUGGUGCCUCCGUUCAAUGCCCAGAGAGGUGGCAGCGUCCCUGGGGCAGAGAAGCAGGACAGAGGCCAGCAGCACCACAUCCUAUUCAAGCAACCCUCCACCCCACCAAGCGAUGAACGAUCCAAAAAUGUGCCACUUAGUGACCAGACCCACAAUGUCCACGAGCCAAUCAGAAAGCGGAGCCGGGAGCGGCCUGAGGAUCUGGAGAAGACCUCUGUCCUGCAGGCCAACCCCUGUGCUCGGGUGAAGAGGAGCCCUCCGCGGGACAUCAACGCCAAGCUAAUGCCAGCAGAGCAGACGUGUAGCCUGGACCCAGGGGCAGCCCUCUCCCAGUAUGAUGUAGACACCCCUAUUCUAGGAAAGCCCCACGAUGAAGGAGUGACGGUGGAUAUGGACUGCACCUUUGUCAGCCACAGCCUGCUCCUCCGAGGAGCGCCAAGAACCAGCUCUGAUACCGGGAUUGGCCAGAGGGCCAACGACAGCUUGGCUGAGAUAUUUGACAAAACAGGCUAUGGGGAGUACGAGUCAUGUCCUCAGUAUGAUGGCUCAUAUCUGCAUCAAGAGGAGCCCCAUCGUCAGGAGGAGGGGGAGGAAGAGUUUGGUGAAGUGGAGGAGGAAGAAGAGCAUGAGGAUACACACAUGCCUCAACCUGGAAUGCCCAAUGGAGAACAUACAGAAGAACUUAAAGACAGUAAAAAAUUAUCGUUUGCACACGUGGAGGUGGUCCGCAAGAAGGCUGAGAGGAGGAAACUCAAGGGGCACACAUGUAAAGAGUGUGAAAUCUACUACGCAGACCUUCCAAAGGAAGAGAGGGUGAAGAAGUUGUCGGCCUGUUCUCGGCACCGAUUCCGUUAUAUUCCUCCAUCAACCCCAGAAAACUUUUGGGAAGUCGGCUUCCCUUCAACACAAACCUGUGUGGACAGAGGUUAUAUAAAAGAAGAUAAUGAUCCAGAGCAGCGCUUAAGGAGGAGAAGGCCUUACAAUGCCAUAUUCUCCCCCAAAGGCAAGGAGCAGAAGACCAUAACCAGUAGGGGGAAAUAAAUGCCCAAUCAAACGUACUGUAAAACUGUAUUUAAUUUUCACGGCAACAUUGAAACACUACCCCAGUAUAGUAAUCCUAGUGCCUCAAAGGAAUAUGUGUGCCUUUUUAGUGCUUGUUGUGUGAUAUAUAUAUAUAUAUCCACCCAGACACAUUCUUAUAAUUUUAUAAACAAAAUUGAAUAGACUCUGUCAGGUCUACAGAGUAAUCCAAUGUCCUCAUGGAGUGAAUACAGAAUAUGCUGCAAAAAACCUCUGCUCAGUUGAAACUAGUAUGCACUGUUGACCACUAGUGUCGGUUUAUUUUCAUUUGGUGUAUUUGUAGAUAAUUAUAUAAUUUUUUGAAGCAUAAAUUGUAAUAAAUAAAUGUAUGAUACAAUGAAA